UUUCAGUGCCAAUUCUGCCCUGGCCGGCGCCACCACGGAGCAGCACCCGGCUCGAUCCUCACACACGGCACCCCCUCCGCCGCCACAACUGCUGACGAAGCUCUCGACGAGUUCUCCGUGUGUGAAGGUCAUGUCUAGAGACUGAGGACAAGACCAGAGUGUUGCCACGCCCCGGGGACAUAUACACUCGAAGGGGACAACCAAACCUCGACCCCUUCUUCAGGAUGGUGCCGCCGUACGAAGCUCUUUGUUCUCACGUGACCUUCAGCCACCUGUGGAGAAAACUGUGAACUAUUUACAUAUAACCAUCAAGUGUCUUCCUUACGUAAAUAAACUUCCUUUGUUAACAAGUGCCUUUGUGAUGUUUACGAGUGACCUUAUAAGUAAACGAAUGCCUAUUGUAACGUUAAACAAGUGAACUUAAACAAAUGCAUUUAUUACGGAAUCGAGUACUACCUUUGUGAUGUGUUCAACAAAUAAGGAACGGGGAGAAGGAAUUCGACGAAGUGAUAAAAACUGAGGGUGCGUGUGGCAUUUGUCCAGUGUACAGUGAAGAACAAAAAAGAUCAACUCAGGAACUAUAGUAACCUGAUCUGACGUCAUCAAGUAACUGGUGUAAAUUAAUUGCAAAGUUAUGGGGAAUGAGAGCCGUGCUGUGUGAGGUCAGGGCUGUGUACUGUGCCUCCACCAUAGUAUAACCCUUCAAGGGGGACUCCUCGUAUACACACACACACACACACAUGCCAGUUCCACACACUGAGUCAACAACACGCCACCAACCCUCACGCUGCACCUCCAUUUGCCUUGCCAAGAACUCGCCUCUGAACGUCAUCUCCUUACUAUACACCACCACUGUCUUGUGAGAUAACUUAAAACACACACACACUCACUCACACCACCACCUCCUCCAUCAUCUUUACACACCUGACGAAGAGGCCCUCGUGGUCAACGGUGACCAAUGAGGGUGAGUGCGGAGCAAGGCCGAAGGGUGAGGGUCGUCCACGCCCCUGGCCACCUGCUGGACCCCCACUCCUCCCCCACCAGGUAGUUGUGUCCUCUACACUAGUACUGGCACUUUCCUCUUGUGCUGCUCCGACUGCUGUUGACCCCGCUACUGCCACACAAAUCAUCGCUGCUAAACAAGAUGGCUCCGCGUCGUCAGCCGGGGUCCCUAUACCAGCAGUGUGUGGGGCGCCUGUCUCACUUCCUGGACGGGUUAUGUAGCACUCACGUCCACGCUCCUGACCACCCAGAGCUUGUAGCCGUCGCCUCCUAUCUCGACUCCCUGCUUCCGGUACCUCUUCAGGCUUCAAUUGGUGAGGCUGUGUUGGCCAUCAGUGACAGGCUACAGAUGACGCCGUCACCGUCACACGUGCGGCUGUUACUGCGGCUGCGGGUGCGGCGGGUCUCCACCAGUGGUUCCGUUGUGCAGUCUGGCGUGCUGGAGACUGCCGAUGGAGGCUUUCUGGAGAACUUGUCUUUGUUUUACGCCGGGUGUGGAGACCGAGCCACCAAGCUGUACAACUUCCUGCACACCGCCACUACCCUCACCCACCUCAGCUGCACAGACUUCUGCAACAACCACAUGAUCGACAUCGUGGCCAGGACCUGUGAGCGACUCUACUGCAUCGACUUACGAGGCUGUUAUGACGUCAACGACGACGGCGUCCUGCGGCUGUGCGGGCUGCAGGACGGCCUGAGGGACAACAUCGAGGUGUUGAGUAAGGGCGGCAUCCUUCAGCCUACUUCACGCUGUGCUCGCUCCCUCAAGGAGAUCAAGUUCUCCAUGACCAAAGUGACGGAGGCCGGCGUGGCCGUCAUCCUCCUCGUCCUCACCAACAUAGAGAUCCUUCGCGUCCCGGAUAUCAAGAUGGAGAAAGUGUUCAACUUCCUUCAGACUAUCGACCACAAAAAUGUUCAGUGUAACUUGAAGGAAUUCCAUUCUCGUGAGAUCCUGAACGAGUUCCAGCUGACGGUGCUGACGAAUCUGUGUCCCAACCUGGAGUACAUCCAGGUCUCCUUCAUCGGUAACUCGGAGAUGGACCUGACGCGGCUACAGCAACUCGCUCGUCUACAGAAGCUAAAGCGAGCCAAGUUCGCUGACGUGAACUGCGACGCCCUGGUGUGGUUCUUACAACAAGUGGGGGACAGAAUGACACACCUCUUUCUGUACACCUACCACACUCGCUUCUCCCAGCAGAAGUUGAGUAUCACCCGCAACCACCUACAGUGUCUGGCCCAGUACUGCCCUUACCUCGAGAGUCUCUGCCUCGAUGGUUACCUGCUGGGGGAGGACAUCCCUUACCAUCUGGCACCCGAAAACAUGCAUUACUUCAAGGCUCUCCGCUCUCUACAAGUGGCCUCCAUGAAGCUCUCCGAGGACGACCUCAAGGUGUUUCUCAACAAGUGUCAGAACAUGAGGAUCCUGGAGCUGGUGCUGCAGAACCCCCACGUCCUCUACGACCGUCUCAUAUGUGAACUCCUGGACGCCGGGGUGUGGCAGAACCUGGUCAAGAUCCGGGUGCUCAACUCUCCCCUCACCAGCAAGGUGAUGCACCGCCUGGUGAAAGAGUGUCCGCUCUUACAGGAGGUCGGCUGCCUCUACAGUUGGCUCGUUUCCAAGGAACAAGUUUCAGAGUUCAAGGAGAACAUCAGGCAUCAAAAUUUUGACAUUGAAAUUUAUUGAUGAAAUCCUGCGUUGUUUAACAGUGUUACAGAAAGAAGACAAGUGACCGCUGAAACCUGUGCGCCGCCUGCCGGAGCUUCUCUACAUGGCUAUAAGAGGCGUGGGUCACCCUGGUUCAUCUAUUGCUGCUGUUUUAUCUUCGGGGUUUGCAUGUAAGCGAGGCUGCAACUGAUGUUACCCGGGCAGUGUUGGUACAUAGCUGGAGUGUGAGAGUGAGGGACCCACACACUCUGGACCAGUAACGCUACUUUAACCACCUGUGUGUUGGCCGCCCCAGGACGGACACCCACACACCACCACUUCAUGCUCGUGCUUGUAAAUUGCACCAAAUCUACUGUUUGUUUUGACCUGGAAAGCUUUUAUAAACUGACAGACGUGAAACAGUGACCUGAUGAUGCUUUAAGAUGAGUAUUUUGCCAGAGAGAUUAAGUAAAAUGUCUCUAUAUUUUAUAUCUAUUUUUCCUUACAACCUGUCCCAGCAACUCCCGCCACAUCCUUACUCAGCAUUUUUUAUGUUAUUGUAGUUUUUUUGCGGUGUGCUCACCUGCAAUGUGGUUAAGAGGACUGCCAAGAGGAUAUCCGUUGGUGGGGUGCCAGGCGGGUGCCAAGCGUGCCUCCACACCCCCCCCCCCGCCUGAUUCCUGGCCUAAAGGGAAGGAGCACGGCUGCUAAUUUUGGCCCAGAACACAACAAAGAUCAUUUACUUGAGAGUUGCAGAUAACAGAAAGCUUUAGAUUCCUCGCAGACUGUAUUUUUUGUUUUAAGUUGGCAGUUGUUACGGUGAUGUGGGCGGCCCUUAUACUGCCGCCCACUACCACUGCUUCACUCCACGGGAACGUUUGCACCGUGAAAACUGUGUCCUAGAAAUGCGAGGAGAUUUAUUUCACGGGCCAUAUCACCGGCUCAGAGUCAGCACAUUGUUGUUUGUGGGACCUGUGUGUGUAAAAGACGUUAAUUGUGUGUGUCGGUCUGAAGAUCAAAAUGGUACCAACUUUAAACACUGGACUUAAAUAUGUAGAAAAUUCACGUUCUUUGGGUAGAUGUUUACAUCUCUCCAAUACCGCUGAGGUUUUCUUUUAAGUUCAGAUGUUCAGUGUUGGUAGGAGACUGAUAUUUAGACCUACACACACACACGCACAUAACAAACGCGUCCUUUUUCACAAACACACACAGCUUCCAAAAUAACACCAUGCCAGCUCUGAGACUAAUUUGUUCCCUAAACCAGUUCAUGCUAUUAUUGAUACUCCCUUGUGUGGUGAAGAUUCUCGUUCAAAAGUAAAUUAAUAUCAGAGAAAUCUUGGGAAUUGGUUCGUAGAGCACCGUUGGGGAAACAUCAAUCCCCAGCAUACUGUAUACGUAACACUUUCCUGUUGUCGCCAUACUUGUGAAAUGUUGGAACUUGCAUUUUGACUUUGAUUUAGAAAGCGUUGUGUAAGAAGUUUGUAAUACUGUAGUUUUAAGAGAUAAUAAUAAUGUUGAAGAUCUGCUCCAGCUGCAUAAUAAAAUGAUAAUAGUUAUAGAAGAGCGAGUUGUUGACAUUUCUGUGAGGAGAACGUGACUUAUAACGACGGAAAAGUUGGUGGAAGAUGAAAAGAAAACAGUUGACUCGGAUAGAAAGUGAAGGAAGUAUAAGUUGGAAGUUAUGGAAAGUUUAAGUACGCAUUGAUGGAAAGAAUAAGUAUGGAGUGAUGGAAAAUGUCAGUACGAAGUUAUGGAAAGUGUAAGUACGAAGUUAUGAAUUUGCCACAUUUAAAUCUAACUUAAACCGACCGAAAUUGUGUCGGUUUGUCUGAUUUUUGCAUCGAUAACACCUACAGUAUGUUCUCAAAAACAUGUCAACAAUUCACAGUAACUUUUAGUUUGUUUACAGUUAUUAGCCGGGUGGCGGGCGGAGGUUUUCAAUAAUCCUCCACAAGAAAGUGUAUUAUUUAUGAGACUUAAAGUAAUAUACAAUAGUCAGGUAAUCUUCUUGGAAUAGAAUUCUGACUUUAAAUAUAUAUAUCAAUUGUCUUCAUGUGCAGAUUAUAUAUUUGGGUAACUAACUGUUGAUCAGUGUCGCGGGCCAGCAGCUCACUGAUGGCCAUAGAGGCAUCAUGCACGUCUGCUAAAAGUCAAGAACACGCUAACUAAACUCAACCUAACGUAUGUCCUCUCUAUGAUAGUUAGCUUAAGAUGGGUUAUGUUAGAUUGGUAGGUUUUAUCUGUUUUAAGAGUUGGUUUAUUAGAUUUUCACCAAAUAUUAAAAUCCAAACAUACAUAGUUUAUCAGUUAUAUGUUGCUAUUGGAUAAGUAAAACGUUGCUUCCGUGAUGUUUGUAGGGAAAAGAAAACGCCAAAUAAUGGGUAAAAAAUAAACCGCGAUACUGAUCUACAGGUUGCCUUUAUAUCAAACUGGGUGAUACUUUGGUGUCUUAUCCUCGUGUUGUCGUCAUCCCACGUCACAGUUUCUGGCCAAUGGUUUCAUAUAUUUUGGAGGCGUAAGUGUGGUCGCCCCAUGACUAUAGUUAGGAUUCCAUUCACGCGUUAGCACUAGCGCCAAAAAUAGAUGACAUUGAAAUGUGCACGGUUGUUUCCAUUGGCACGGUUUUGUUAGCGUUAUGCGUUUGCAGUAUACUGUCCAUGCCAAUCGCUCCCUGUAGCGACUGAAAACGCGUGAAUGGAAUUAUAGCUUUAGGGUCCGUUCGUUAAUACAGAUGGCAGUGGAUCAUGACGUCACGUAAUAUGCAGAAGUAUGUUAACCAUGUUUCAUUCUGGGUGUUAUGAUGUCUUGUGAGUGUUAAACAAGACUCAAGGAUACGUUUGCUCAAUGCGCGUGACAUUCCCCCUGCCUGCCUGAGGAACACAGCGGACGCCAUUACUCAGUACCUGUCUCCCUGGCCGUGUUGUUGACGAUGCUCCCGUUCAUAGACACAGUUAAGGUGUCUGUGAACGGCACCUCUGUGUAUGUUCUUCCUGUGAGUGCGCGUGUACAAUACAGUGACACACAUCGCUGUUGUUGUCAUUAUAUCCAACAUUGUCUUUCAAAAAGUUGUGAAUUGUUUCAUAAUAAAUAGUUGAUUUUUCCUA